CACCACCAUCACCAUCACCACCAUGGCUAGCAAUGACAACAACAACUCCUUCACCCACCACUUAACCAUCCUCCUAAUCGCCGCCUCAACGGUCGCUAUCGUCAUCAUCCUCUACCACUGCAUCAACGCUUGUUGCUACAACCGGAGAAACCCCCAACGCCACCACCGAACACCGGUUCUCCGACAAGGAGAGAUACCGGGCUGCAUCAAUACGUCGGUGACGGGAUUCAUACCGGUCUACAAGUAUGAAAAGGGAACGAAAUUGGUCGGAGAAGAUGGGACUUGUACGAUUUGUUUGAACGAGUACGAGGAGGGUGAAGAGCUACGUACGUUGCCUGAGUGCAUGCACUGUUUCCACGUAGCUUGUAUUGAUAUGUGGCUCUAUUCCUGUUCCACUUGUCCGGUUUGCCGCACUGAUACAACGCCGUCUCCGUUUGAGUUAAGGGUUUGUUUGGAGCCUCGUUUGGAUGGAUCGACCUCUCAACAAGAACUUGGUUUGGCACCGAGUUUUGGGAUGCAUUCAGGGGUGUUAUGAUGGUGAAAAAGGUUUAACCAUUUGUAUAGGCUCUAUUCGCUUUUAGUUUGAUGUGUAAAUAUCUUUUAGGGAUAUAUUUCUAUUUUUUUUUUAUUUCAUU